AUGGCCCGCCUCCUCACGCAAACCCUGACCCUAGCCCGCCCCGCCUCCUCCCCCUCCACCACCGCCGCAUCCGCCUCCCUCCGUGGCCUCGCCACCAAGGUCGAGAUCAUCGAGAUCGACCUCACGGAGGAAGACGCUGGCUCCUCGGCCCACGGCUCCUCCCCCUCGUCCCCGUCGGUCGAGGUGGUCGGGAUCCGGCGCCUGGAGGAGGCCAUCCACGGCGUCAUGGUGCGCCGCGCCGCGCCCGACUGGCUCCCCUUCGUACCGGGAGGGUCCUUCUGGGUGCCCCCGCUGCGGCGCCCCCACGGGGUCGCGGAGCUCGUGGGCCGGAUCGCGGCCGCCGGGGGCGCCGAGCUCGUGGGCGGUAUCGCAGCCGCCGGGGGCACCGAGGGAGUCGCCGGGGCCGUUGGCGGAGCGGUCGAAGUCGUGGAGCUCGACGCGCCCAUGACGGAGGAUCCGGUGCUUUGCUUCUCCACCACACGCGGCUGGCCCUCGGCCUCUUUCUUCGUUGAAGGAGGAAAUCGAGGAAAGGCUCCUAAAAGAAAACGCAGUGCAGAGUUUGAUGACUCUGCCAUGGUCAAUGUACAUGUGGAUGGCAAGGAGCCUAUUGCUGGUAAACCAUGGCACCCGCUACAGUUGAUGUUGCCUCAUCCGUCCUGGAAGAUAAAUCUGUAA